UGCAGAGCUGGGCCAAGUUGUGCCGUGGGCACGGCCUGCUGGAUUUGAGUGCAGUGCGGCUGAGCGCUGUCACACCACGUUACGAUGGCAUCCCUUAUCAGCAUGGUGGGCCUAGUAUAAACACGUAUGGACAGGAUCAUGGACAUCAUAGCACAUCUCUUCCUCAUUAUGAAGAAGGGAACGUGAUCCAGGCUGUCCUACACUUACUGAAAAAGUGACAGGGCUGUUUUACUUUGUUUCUUCUAAGGUCUGUGCAGAGAGGUUUUACUAACAUCUAGGAUUUGGCAUGAAGGAACAUUGCCAACAGUCUUCAACCCAGUUGUUAAUUUUGUGAAAGCACGUGCGUACAGAGCUCUUCCCAAAAGUCAGAGCUGCGCGAAGGUCGCUUUGUGUAGAGCAGAUCCCAGCUCUGACGGUGCUGUGGGGUUCUAUGGAUGACGAAGCAGCGACAGGACCCAUGGCAAUACCUCUGUCAUCUGCUCUGUUCUGCACAGCAACCACUGCUGUUUUCUGUGCAAGCAGUCUUCAACAGAGCGUGUCAACACAGAUUAGGAAACAUAACCAGGCUGGUAACCAGAACCAACGUUCUGCACUUGGCUCUGUAGCCACGAGGAAGGGCUAUGGAAGAUCCCGACAAGAAGACAGAAGUAGUGCUGCUGGCCUGUGGGUCCUUCAACCCCAUUACCAACAUGCAUCUAAGGCUCUUUGAGCUGGCUAAAGACUAUCUCCAUGAAACAGGAAAAUACAAAGUAAUCAAAGGAAUAAUUUCACCAGUAGGUGAUGCAUAUAAGAAGAAGGGUCUGAUCAGUGCUGAUCACCGAGUAACUAUGGCAAAAUUAGCUACCAACAACUCAGAUUGGGUGGAAGUUGAUGACUGGGAAAGCAGUCAGAGUGAGUGGCUGGAAACAGUAAAAGUUUUAAGGCACCAUCAUGAAAAGCUUUUAUCCCCUGAUCCUACUGUUAGUCUGCAGAAUGCUUUACCUUUAACAAAGCCAGGACGGAAGAGGAAACAGGAACCAAAUAGGCACGACCCCAUUAAGAAGAAAAUUCAGAGUCCAGAUAUAAAAAAUGUCCCACAGGUUAAACUGCUCUGUGGAAGUGACGUGCUGGAAUCCUUUGGGAUCCCCAAUCUGUGGAAGUUGGAGGACAUCACUGAAAUUAUGCAAAAUUAUGGCCUUGUAUGCAUCAGUAGGGCUGGAAACAGCACUCAGAAAUUCAUCUAUGAAUCUGAUAUUUUGUGGAAAUAUAAGAAUAACAUUCAUCUCGUGGAAGAAUGGAUCACAAAUGACAUUUCCUCCACCAAAAUCAGGAGAGCACUGCGGAGAGGCCAGAGCAUUCGUUACCUGGUGCCUGAUGUGGUUCGGGCAUACAUAGAGAAAAAUGAUCUGUAUAGUCUAGAGAGUGAAGACAGGAAUGCUGGGGUCAUCUUGGCUCCCUUACAGAAAAAUGCAAGUGAUUCUAAGAACUAGCAGGCACUUUACAGAUAAUUUGCUUUCUGGUGUGAAAAGAUAAUAGUUCAGUAUACAAAAAUGUUUUGGUUUUUUUUUUUUCAGUCAAAAGCAAGCAAAUUCUAUGUCUUCAGUAGAUGUAUAGUUGCUAACAAGGUUUGGUUUGUUUAAUAAUUGGGCAUAUAUAAUCUUUAUUUUAUAAAAUCCAGAAAGAUUUUCAAAUCUAGAUGUAUUGUCACAGUUCAGUGAACUAAAUACAAGAAUUUACAGUAGUGUAUGAGAAUUACAAACUGAUGAACAAAGCAAAUGAAAGUGUUCUGAUUUCUUUUAGCUCAGACUGCUCUGACUGCAAUUUAUGAAAUAGGAACACACUUUAAAUAACUCACAGUGUUGUAAGUGGCAAAGCCAUCUUACUUUGAAAUACAACACUUACUGAGGGUAAAUCUGCAAUAAUUAAAUUGUUCAGAACUGCUAACACAUGAUGCAACUUAAAGAAAUUAUUUGGCUGCAUCCUGUGGAAGGAGAAAGUUCACUGCUGGGUGAAUUGGUGCUAGCUAUACCAUGCUUUCAGUUGCUUGCCUUUCAAAUAUGAAGCCUGUUUGUUUGCUGUCAUGCAAUUUGCACCCCAGAAUGCCUCGUGCUUUAGUUUUCUGUUUGCAUUUCUAGAGCUGUAGGUUAAGUUCAGCAACGUUUGUCAAAUAAUGAUGGACUUACUUCAAAAACUAGUUUUUAGCCAUCGAUUUAAUGAAUAUAAGAUAACAGCAUCAUUGCAGAUUCUCAUACCAUUUUCCUUUUAUUUCCAAUAAUAACUGAGCCUUUACUUUUGAGCCAAAUAUAUAGAGCCAGAAUUGUUUUCUGCUACUGGAGUUGUGAAGAAAUAGUUGGAUGCUAGGACUACAUAUAAAAUGUUUUUCUUUGCUGAAAAUCUGAUUUAGAAUCUAACAAAAUAUCGUCUGUAUUAUAUCAGUAUAAACUAGAGAGGCACUGGGAAUGUCAUGGUAAUUGAAUUCUACCUCCCUUUCUUUGCUGUCAUCCCAUUUUUUCUUUGGAUUAUGUGCCUUAAUAAAAAUGUCAAGGUUUCCAAGAUGCUAACAGGUCAAUGGCUUUUUCACAGUAUCUCCAUACAACAAAUCCAUUUGCAUUUUUCAGAUUAACAAAGCCAACAGAAUGAGAGAUUCUUAGGGCGUGGAUCAGGAAUGCACACCUGGAGCCUCACAUAAUAUUCUGCAAUUACCAUAGAGUAGAACCUCUGUUCUGCUAGAUUCAGCAUGCAAAAGUGGCCAGAAUGUAGAAGGAGAUCAAAACCAAAUCAGAACUUAGCAAAUCAUCUGUAACUGUACAGUGACAUAAAGUAGCUCAAAGGAUUCUUACUUUUCUUUUUUUUUUCUGGGUGAUUCCUGCAUUAAAUGUGCUCAUUCCCCUAGAGCUUAGGGAAGCUUACACUGUCUUUUGAUAACAAGGCUGGGUUCAUGCAUAAUCAACAGUAGUAAAGGUACCAAAGGACGUGUUAAGCCCCUCUGUCACGCUUCAGCAAUCAAAAUGCCACUGAAGAUUGAAUAUAAACUAUAUUAUUGGUGGUGCAUGGGAAAGGACAAGAUGUGUGUUUCUUUUCUGUCUGCUGUCUCUAUGGCUGACAAGAGCAAAGAGCAAGAUUUAAUUUCAUAACUCAAUUAGUGUGUUUCUGAAUAAACAGAGCAGAUCUAUCGAGUAGGAAAACACCCUAAUUAUACGGUCACUGUAACUGUGCUUUAGGUUUAUUCUUCUAAAUAAUGACACUGGUGUGUAUUGGUGUACUUUGUGCAAUUCUAGAGAAACUGCAUAUUUAAUAGGAUGUUUUGUAAAGCACUGAUUAUCAGACAUUUCUAUUUCACUGGGUUUUCAUGUAGUUACAUGUGAUGGGUUUUGCAAUAACAUAAAUUGCAUGUAAUAUGCUGGUUUUAGUCAUUAAUCAAAUCUGAUGUCUGAUGACCGCAUGAUUUUUAAGUAAGAAGAACAAUGUCAGUUCAGUUUUUUUCUACUAAAUAGAAUGUUGUUCAAAACUUGCAAUGAAUAUUGAUCUUUUGUUUUACCAGCGGGAUCCAGAAACCUCCAUUACAACACUGGAAGUGAACACAUACAGAGAAUGUAAUGUUCUAAUCAGUUCUGAAUACCAGCAUCACAGUUAGUGAAGUGUCAUAUUCCAAAGUGAGACAGAAGUAAAACUUCCAAGAGUGAACUUCAUCUAGAGAGGAUCCAUAUACUUGAAAAUGUAAAGUUUGUAAAUAAUGCAGUUCAUUGAACUUCUUUAUAGAAGUUAUAAUGUAUUCACAGAUGUUCUGUAAAAUAAAUUGCCUCCUUUUUUCUUGUUUUA